UGGCUGCUGAGUGUGGGAACCUCUUGUCAGGCCGCUCUCCACACAUUGUUCUGCAGGGAGAGGGGUAUAUAGAGGGGGCGGCUGUCACUAAUAGUCACACAGCUCCGGCCUCAGCCAAGUCUACAGACCCUGCACCAUGGCUCCAUGUAACAUGAAGACCCCUGAUCAUGAGGCUGCCGGGGGGCUCAGAAAGCUGAGGAAACCGGUGAUAGAGAAGAUGAGGAGAGAUCGUAUCAACAGCAGCAUCGAGCAGCUGCGCCUCCUCCUGGAGAAGGAGAUCCAGAGACAUCAGCUCCCCUCCAAACCGGAGAAAGCCGAUAUCCUGGAGAUGACCGUCACCUGCCUGCAGAGACACAUGGCCCAGAGAGAUGUCCAGGCCCAGAGAGAAGGCUUCUCCACCUGCCUCCAGGACUCCAUCACCUUCCUGUCCCAGCACAGACAGAGCCAGCUCCAGAUCCAGCUGCUGCAGAACCUCCCUGGGGCUCACACUGGGGCACUAUCUCCUCCUGUAUCCCCCUGUAUCUACCAGCCCCCCAACAAACAUAGCCCCCCAGACAGCAGCCAAGCCUUGUGGAGACCCUGGUAGUGAGCGGACCCUCUUAUGUGGAGACCCUGGUAGUGAGCGGACCCUCUUAUGUGGAGACCCUGGUAGCGAGCGGACCCUCUUAUGUGGGGACCCUGGUAGUGAGAGGACCCUCUUAUGUGGAGACCCUGGUAGUGAGCGGACCCUCUUAUGUGGAGACC